CCCGUUAAAAAAACAUUUUAUUUCUCGAAGAUGUUUUUACGUUUCCUGUCGCGUUCAAAUCCCUUGAAAGAGUAUUAUUUCUAUGUACCGCGAAUAUGUCUGCAAUUGAUGGGCUUUUGGCCAGGUUCACCGCGCUCAAGACGAAUCCUCUGCUGGGCUGUGUUUAACUUCAUCAUUUUGUUGGUGGGUGUGGUGACCGAACUUCAUGCUGGUUUUUCCUAUUUAAAUUAUGAUUUGGAAAAGGGUUUGGAUACGUUGUGUCCGGCAGGCACCUCAGCUGUCACGGUAUUGAAAAUGAUUCUGAUUUCCUAUUAUCGUCAAGAUUUGGAAGCAGUACUGAAGAAAAUGCAUCAAAUGCUCUAUGGAUGUAAUGAGAAGGAUAUGGAACAUAAGGCGGUAUAUAAUCGUAUUAUACGCCAGUCUUCGGUUAUGGCAGCGAGAGUGAAUUUUGCCCCAUUUCUGGCGGGAUUUAUAACCUGUACAGCCUACAAUUUAAAACCAUUGAUAUUGGUGUGGAUAUUUUGGUCUAAAGGCAAGGAUUUGAUGUGGCUGACACCGUUUAAUAUGACCAUGCCCAAAUUUCUCUUGGAAGGUCCCCUGUAUCCCUUGGCCUAUAUUUUCACCGCCUAUACCGGCUAUGUGACCAUCUUCACCUUUGGCGGCUCGGAUGCCUUAUAUUUUGAAUAUUGUACCCAUAUUGCAACGCUGCUGAAAAUGUUACAAACCGAUGUCAAGUUACUGUUUCGGAAAUUUGAAGGCAAAUUAACUCUCACCCCGACCGAAGCGGCCUAUGUGGAGGAACAAUUGAUAUUAAUUAUAAAACGCCACAAUGUCAUUAUCGAAAUGACUGAUUUCUUUAGGAAACGUUAUAGCAUUAUAACCCUGGCCCAUUUUGUGUCGGCCAGCAUGGUAAUUGGGGCGAGUAUUUUCGAAAUGUUAACGUACACCGGUUUUGGACGUUUCAUUUAUUUGGGCUAUACUGUGGCGGCCCUAUCGCAAUUGGCGGUCUAUUGCUAUGGUGGCACCCUGGUGGCGGAAAAUAGCAUUUAUUUGGCCACAGUUGUUUUCAAGUGCAACUGGUACAUUUGCGAUCCGAAACUGAGGCGCAUUAUCCUCAUGAUUAUCUGCCGAUCUCAGAAAUCGUUGAACAUGUCGGUGCCAUUCUUUUCACCCUCGAUGAGCACAUUCGCGUCGAUUUUACAGACCUCAGGUUCGAUAAUAGCCUUGGCAUCAUCCUUUCAGUAAAAUUUCGAGGAGGAAUACUCUCAAUAUAAUCUCACUAAAAAUACACCAUUUUUUUCACAAAGUAGGAGUUUUAGGCACCAUUAAAUAUUUACUUGUUGCUGUUAAAUAAAGACCAGAUGGUCCUUA